AUGGCAUUGCCUCUUCCACCUGGGCUGACGCCUCCAGAAAUAGCGUUCCUGUGCGAAAUGGAGCUUGUCACCGUGAUACCACGCCAAAGACUGGAGGGACUGGAGUUGUUAGGAGGGCGCAUUAAACCACUCAAUCCUCCCCAUCGGACCAACGUUCCCCUCUGGCUCGCCCUUCUACUUAAGCGUCAACGGCGCGCAAACAUCCUGCCACCACCAUGGCUGAACUCGCAUUCCCUUACUGCUAUCCUUGAUCACGAGAUCGAUCAUGAUGAAACAUUUUCACCGCCGCCACGAUUGCCUCCACAGCCGUCAGCGAACACCCUACCUACCUCGCCGCCAUUUUUGUCAGACAACACAGCAGAUGCAGCACCAGACGCAUUGCCAUACCAUUGGCUAGAGAUUGGUGAAAUGUUACUAGAAGCUGCAUCAGAUGAUUUCGAGGACCCAGACAAUGUCAGGAAGCUUCUGAGAGGGCUCAGAGAAGUCAGAAUGGCAAAACUAAGAAGUGGUGUGGAGGUGCUGGAUGCUGGAGGAGGCGUCAAAAUGAACGGUGUGGGAGGCAUGGAAGUGGGGGAGGGAAGGGCAUUCGUCACUGGCGUCAUAGACGGACUGAGGAAAAUCGCAGCCUCACGAGAGCAACAACGAAGAGACCGGGAUCGGGAAGAGCUGGAAAACGGAUACUCAGGCACGGCUGCCGACUAUGAUGACGACGAAAUGGACAUGCAAUGA